AUGGUAGCCACCAGGCGAGAUGACUUAGCGGGUCGUUCCGCGGCGUCUCCUUGUCUUAAGCAUCAGGUUGAUGCUGUCAAAAAGGGGUGGAAGGCAGGACCUUCAUCUUUCCCUGGGCGCCUCCGGCAGCGAGACUUCCGCGGGAAGAGGGCCAUCAACACAAGACCAAACAGCAACAAAACGCGCAUCCCUGACCCCCACCACACCAAACUUUGCUCAUCCCCAGACGAGGUCCCGGUGCUCCGCCGCGGCGGGGGCGGAGCAGGUGUCGGGGCGCGGCUGGCAGCACCGCCCGCCGCCGGCACCGCCCCUCGGGAGCCGCUCGGAGCGGGCAGAGCGGCGGGACGGAGGCGGGGCGGCGGCAGCGGGAGCAGCUCUCGGCCCGGGGCUGCGCCGGGAGGGACCAGCCUCGCAUCUCGAGGAGGAGGAGGCGGAGGAGGAGGAGAAGAAGGAGGAGGAGGAGGCUCUGCUGCUGCUUUUCCGUCGGUAGUAGCGGCGCGGCCGCGGGAGAAGAGGACGAUGAGCCGCGCGGUGCUGGCCUGGCUGGUGCUCUGCGGGAGCCUGGUGGCGCCGCGACUCGCCCGAGGGGACUUGUGUGACUCUAACCCAUGCAAAAAUGGUGGCAUCUGUCUGUCGGGGCUCAAUGAUGACUUUUACUCAUGCGAGUGUCCUGAAGGCUUCACAGAUCCCAACUGUUCUAGUGUUGUGGAGGUUGCUUCCAUUGAAGAGGAACCAACUUCAGCAGGACCCUGCCUUCCAAAUCCGUGUCAUAAUGGUGGGAUGUGUGAAAUUAGCGAAGCAUACCGAGGCGACACAUUCAUAGGAUACGUUUGUAAAUGUCCUGAAGGUUUUAAUGGGAUUCACUGCCAGCACAAUGUAAAUGAAUGUGAAUCUGAACCCUGCAAGAAUGGUGGAAUCUGUACAGAUCUCGUUGCCAACUAUUCAUGUGAAUGCCCAGGUGAAUUUAUGGGGAGAAACUGCCAACAGAGUAAGUAGUGCCAUGAGUUUACAU